AUGUCGACCCGCUCUGCCUGGCGAGCCUUGCACUACAGUGCUAAGCGCCGCAAUAUCCAACCGGCUACUCCGUACCGCUGCUUUUCCUGCACCCGCCAGGCCUUCGACCAGGCUAGACCAGACCAUGAACGCAUGACACACUUUGGCUUCACCAAUGUGCCCGAGUCCGAGAAGGAGUCGCGAGUCGGCGCCGUCUUCAGCUCCGUCGCCUCUUCAUACGAUAACAUGAACGACCUAAUGUCCCUGGGCAUCCACCGCCUCUGGAAAGACCACUUCGUGCGCUCCCUGAACCCAGGCACACCUGUCGCCAACCGCCCAGCCAACGCCAAAGACCAAGGCUGGAACAUCCUCGACAUCGCCGGCGGGACCGGCGACAUUGCCUUCCGCAUGCUCGACCACGCCACCAACAUCAACCACGACCUGCAAACCCGCGUCACAAUCAGCGACAUCAACGCCGAUAUGCUGGCCGAAGGCCGUAAGCGCUCCAUCGCAACACCCUACUACAACACUCCCCGUCUAUCCUUCGUCGAGGCCAACGCCGAACACAUGCCCCAUAUCCCCGACGCCUCAAUUGACCUGUACACGGUUGUCUUUGGCAUUCGCAAUUUCACGGAUAAGCAGGCCGCGCUGAACGAGGCGUUCCGCGUGCUCAAGCCUGGUGGUGUGUUUGCUUGUAUGGAGUUUAGUAAGGUGGAGAAUCCGGUGUUUGAUGCCGUGUACAAGAGGUGGAACUUCAGUGCUAUCCCCUUGAUUGGGCAGAUUGUUGCUGGGGAUCGGGAUAGCUAUCAAUAUCUCGUGGAGAGUAUUGAGCGGUUCCCGAGUCAGGAGGAGUUCCGGGGUAUGAUUCAGAAGGCUGGAUUUAUGAUUCCUGGUAAGGGAUAUGAGAAUCUGACUGGUGGCAUUGCUGCUAUUCACAAGGGUAUUAAGCCGGUCACUCAGGUUUGA